CCUUUUACGAAGAUGGCGCCGAAAGCUAAGAAGGAAGCCCCUGCCCCUCCCAAAGCUGAAGCCAAAGCAAAGGCUUUGAAAGCCAAGAAAGCGGUGCUGAAAGGCGUCCACAGUCACAAAAAAAAGAAGAUCCGCACAUCACCUACGUUCCGACGACCCAAGACUCUGCGUCUCCGAAGGCAACCCAAAUACCCUCGAAAGAGCGCCCCCAGGAGAAACAAGCUUGACCACUAUGCCAUCAUCAAGUUCCCCCUGACUACUGAGUCAGCCAUGAAGAAAAUAGAAGGCAACAACACGCUUGUGUUCAUCGUGGAUGUCAAGGCCAACAAGCACCAGAUCAAACAGGCUGUGAAGAAGCUCUAUGACAUUGAUGUAGCCAAGGUCAACACCUUAAUCAGGCCUGAUGGAGAGAAGAAGGCAUAUGUUUGGCUGACCCCUGACUAUGAUGCUUUGGAUGUUGCCAACAAAAUUGGGAUCAUCUAAACUGAGUCCAGCUGG